AUGGCGGUGGUGGUCUUGCUGGGGCUCAGCUGGUUGUGCGCCCCCCUGGGAGCUCUGGUUCUGGAUUUCAACAACAUCAAGAACUCUGCUGAUGUGCACGGGGCUCGGAAGGGUUCACAGUGCCUGUCUGACAAGGACUGCAGUUCUAGAAAAUUCUGCCUCAAACCUCAAGAUGAGAAGCCAUUCUGUGCUACUUGUCGUGGGUUACGAAGGAGGUGCCACCGUCACGCCGUGUGCUGCCCUGGGACGCUCUGCGUGAACGAUGUUUGCACGACAAUGGAGGAUGCAGCCCCAAUACUGGAGAGGCAGAUCGAUGUGCAAGAUGAUGCGGACACGAAAGCAACGACUGAGCAUCCAAUUCAGGAAAACAAACCCCAAAGGAAGCCAAAUAUUAAGAAACCACAAGGCAGUAAGGGACAAGAGGGAGAAAGAUGUCUUCGAACUUUUGACUGCGGAGCUGGACUUUGCUGUGCUCGUCAUUUCUGGACUAAAAUUUGCAAGCCAGUCCUCCUGGAGGGACAGGUGUGCUCUAGGAGAGGUCAGAAAGAUACGGCUCAAGCUCCAGAAAUCUUCCAGCGCUGUGAGUGUGGCCCUGGACUAUUAUGUCGAAAUCAAGUGACUGGCAACCGACAGCAUGCAAGGUUAAGAGUAUGCCAAAAAAUCUAAAAAGCUGUAAAGAUUUCAAAAUAAAGACAACUCCUUAUUGUAUU